CCUCAGCUGCCCCCCAGCACAAGUUCAACACGACAAAACUAGUGUACCAAGUAAACUGGCCUAAAAAACCUCUUUUUUUCUUCAAUAUCGCCCUUUCUUCGACUCGAUAAGAUUCAAGACAACUUCAGUUAUGAGUUAUGUGGCCCAUGGGAACCAACAGAGUCUAGACCAGCAGUUAGCUGGACUAGACUUAAACUCCGGUGUCGCACGUCAUCCCGGCGCUGGAAUCAACCAAAGUCAACCACCACAACAGCGUUAUGUCCCUCCUCAUUUACGAAGGAAUCCUCAACAGAAUUUUAAUAUGCCGGAUCCGAGAAAUCCCGGCAAUUACCCUCCGCCGGGUCCACCAAGAGACUUCAGAGGAAGAGAUGGCGGCUAUAGAGAUAUGAAUUACCGUGGUGGCCGAGGAAAUUAUAGCGGAGGCUAUGGUGGUGGUGGUGGUGGAUACAACCGCAGAGGUGGAGGGGGAUGGAGAGAUCGUUCUGGUGGUAAUGAUUACUGGUAUUCAAACCAAGGAGGAUACAAUGAUAGAGAUAUGAUGUCAGGACGUCAUGAGGACUGGUCUAAACUGCAGCCAAAAAAUGACCGUUUGGAAAGGGAACUAUUUGUUGGAAACAACUCUGGUAUUAACUUUGAGAAGUAUGAUGACAUUCCUGUUGAGGCCACUGGGAAAGAUUGCCCUACCAACAUUGAGUCAUUCAAUGAUGUUGAAUUAGGAGAAAUCCUGAUGAGCAACAUCAAGUUAGCCAACUACUCCAAGCCAACCCCAGUCCAAAAAUAUGCUAUUCCCAUCGUCAAGGGCAAAAGGGAUUUGAUGGCAUGUGCCCAGACAGGUUCUGGCAAGACUGCAGCAUUUUUGAUUCCUAUUCUUAGUAGAAUCUUCCUGGAAGGACCUCCUCAAAUGCCAGAUGCCAAGCACACUUCCAGGAGAAGACAAUACCCUGUAAGCCUGGUUCUUGCACCAACGAGAGAACUGGCUGUGCAGAUCUUUGAUGAAGCAAGAAAGUUUUCUUAUCGCUCUCUCGUACGCGUAUGUGUCGUGUAUGGUGGUGCAGACAUAAGUGGGCAGCUCCGUGAACUUGAUAGAGGCUGCCAUCUUCUCGUGGCUACACCUGGACGUCUUGUUGACAUGAUGGACCGAGGACGUAUUGGCCUGGAUGUUAUCAAGUUCCUGGUCCUUGAUGAAGCAGACAGGAUGCUUGACAUGGGUUUUGAACCCCAAAUACGUAGAAUUGUUGACCAAGAUACCAUGCCUAAACCAGGGGAUAGGCAGACACUAAUGUUCAGUGCAACAUUCCCUAAAGAAAUCCAGAUGCUUGCCAGAGACUUUUUGGACAAUUACAUUUUCUUGGCUGUUGGAAGGGUUGGAUCAACCAGUGAAAACAUCACUCAGAAGAUCAUAUGGGUUGAUGAAUAUGAGAAAAGAUCCUUCCUUCUGGAUCUGCUGGAAGUCUCGGGAAAAGAUGCUCUGACUUUGGUGUUCGUUGAGACCAAGAAAGGAGCAGAUGCUCUGGAGAUGUUCUUGUACAAAGAGAAUUUUGCCUGCACAUCGAUCCAUGGAGACCGCUCCCAGAAGGAAAGGGAAGAUGCUUUGAGUUCUUUCCGUAGAGGAAAAACACCCAUUCUGGUUGCUACUGCUGUUGCAGCACGUGGGCUGGAUAUUUCCAAUGUCCGUCAUGUUAUCAACUUUGAUCUGCCCUCUGACAUAGAGGAGUAUGUGCACCGUAUUGGACGUACUGGGCGUGUAGGUCAUACUGGUCUUGCCACAUCCUUCUUCAAUGAAAAGAACAGGAAUGUUGCCAAGGAUCUCCUUGCUCUAGUGACAGAAACAGGACAAGAAGUGCCAUCUUGGCUGGAGGCCAUUUCCUAUGAGUCUAAUAGCUCCAAGAGAGGAGGAAGAAGGUAUGGAAGUGGUUUUGGUGGAAACAGAGAUUACCGUCAACAGCGUGGAGGUCACACCCCUAGCAGCAAUAUGCACAUGAAUCCUUAUGGAGGAUAUGGUGGUGGCGGCGGAUACAACAAUUAUGGAGGGUAUGGUGGAGGAGGACGCCAUUACGGUAGUGGUGGUGGAGGAGGACAAGAUUGGUGGAACUGAGAAGCCACACCCUAUUUUACAACUCUUCUUGACAAGCCAAGGCAGUUGUGUUCUAAGUAAAACUAGUAUGCAUUGUUGGCCAAAUCUGACAUCAAAUAUGUGUAAGUGAUUGAUUGGUUGGUUGGAAUUCCCUUCCUAGAUGUUGCUGCAGUGGAUGACUCAGCUUCCAUAACGGCUUUAAUACAGCACAGUGCAUUGAGGAAAGAGUUGGUAUUGCAUGUACCAUUGAUUUCCCACAAGUAAACUGUGCUGCUUGUGUUUGCAAGACAUUUCUCAAGUUACGUUGAUUGAUAAACUGAACAACACUUAGGUGUGCAUGGUCAGUGACAAGUUUCCGAUGCAAGAAAUAACCAUUUCUUCAUUUCUUAUUACUAACUAUUAUAGUCAAUACGAUAAGGAUGCGAUGAAUAUUUGUCAACCUUAACUAAGGAAUAGUUGCUGGCCAACUAAUGUUCUAGGACAUAAUCAGUUUGUUUUUUUGCUCUUUGUUUGAUAUCUAUCAUAUUAUAUUAUUUUGUCUUAAAGUUUCAAUUCAUGGAAGAGUUACAUUGAGUUAAUAUAAUCCAGUUUUGGGAGGGGAAUUGCAUAAUUUAUUAAUGAAAAAGCACUUUUUAUUUUAUUCAUUUGAAAGUAUUUCUUUAAACUUAUUAGAAAAUAUGUAUUUGUUUUAAGCCAACACGAUUUUCAGUGUUGAAUUUCAAUGCUGUUACCCAAGAUUUCUCAUUCUUGAUUAUUAAUAUCUUGAUAUAGUAGUGAUAAAAAUAUAUAAUAUAAAGUUUGCUCAAAACUAUUGUUUAUAUAAAUCCCAAAUUGAUGAUAAAAGAUUGAUUGAUGACUUUGUACUUUGGAGAUCAUACAAAGUUAAAUCAGCUGUGAAGAGUUCUGUUGUUUCCAGUUUUAGAUGGUUAUCAGUAUUUACCACUUUCUACAUAUAUUUAGAUUUCAAUUUCGAUAGAAAGGAAUACAUAUAGGAAAUUAUAGAGUAUGUUUUUCUCUUCAUACUAAAGCAUAUGUCAUAAGGAGUUGCCAAAUAGGAGUCUGUAUAAGAAGAAAAUAUAACAUAAGGGAAUGUGAAUCAAAUUUGAAUUGGGAUAUUUUCUAAUAGUAUGUAUAAUUGAUGCAUUGGGAAUGUAAUAUCUUGAAGAAAACAUAGUACAUGUGGAGAAAAAAAAGAUUAAAUAUUUCAAUAGCAAGUAGUUGAUUUAAUAUUUUUGAUAGAUGUUUAUUGCUUUACCUAAUUCUGGUAGGGCAUAGAUAAUGCCGAAGAUUAAACUUAGUUUCCCAUUGUGGCUGCAACAUCUUGCAGUUUUAUUGCAACCAAAUCGAAAGGUAACCAACUACAAAAGAGAAUGCAAUGAUAGUGCAAUAACAUUGCUAAAAUUUAGUGCACAAUGGCCUUUAGUAUAAAGGAAUUUUUUCACAUUUUCGUAACUUAUUAGAAAAAUUUCAUACUUUUCAAACCAAAAAAGCAACAAAAAUUAAUGGAUUUAAUCAUUGAUGACGAACAUGAUGAAGAAUAAGGAAUUUCAUCACAUUUUAUAUUUUUUGCUUUGUCUUUGAAUUCAGUUUAAUUUUCAGAAAAGAUAUAAUUACAAAUUACAAAUAAUCCUAUGCAUUACAAUCCCAAAUGCAGGCAUCUGUACAGAAAUCUUAGUAUGUUAAUCUAAGAAGAAUCAUAUUUAGAGCUGAUAUUUAUUGGGCAAUUUGCAUUGUUGCAUUUUUAUUUUGGAUUGAGACAUUCAAUGAGAAUCCCAUGCAACUUGGCUAGAAAAAGCAAGUUACUUCAAUACAAUCAUCCAUAAAUGCUACAGAUUUUUGUGGCAACCAUUCCAACACAGAAACCAAGGAAAAGGUUUUAUUGCUUUUGUAAGCCAAGGUUUCUGAAAAUGCGGUCAUAUUUUCAGGCUAGGUAGGUUUUUUCGCUUUUUUCGAAAUAGUUUGAUAAACCAUAUUUCUGGACAAGAAUGUGUAGUUCCAAAACUUAUCCAUACCCCCUCAGCGGAAUUUUUUAAAGACACCCCUACCCCCAGAAAUUCCAAAUUUCUUCCAUACAAACUCUGUAAUAUUUGUUCUUUCUCUGGCCCCCCACCCUUUGGAAAUUCCUAAUUCCUCCGUGGGGUGGGUAUGAAUGAUUUCUGGAACUAGAUGAUAUACAGGCCUCCCUUCUACAGGCAACUCUUGAUGUAAAUAAUGAAAAGAUUAUCAAAAUUUAUAACUUGCAUGUUUUUGUUUCAAGAAAUGCUGGGGAACGUAAGGACAAAGGAGAUUCCUAGCUCCCUGUCUUCUUUCCCUUCAUGUGAGUUGUUUGAGAACAGAGCUAUCGCAUGUAAAGAGCAUGUUAAAUGGUUCCAAUAUUUAAUGAUUCCUGUUUAUCAAAGGUAACGUUACUCAGAUCAUGAAAUCAUUAAACUUGGCCUUUACUUCAUAUGUACAUCUAAUGCUCUGAAUAUUUUUAAGAUAAAAAAAGCAAAACUAGUUUCAAAGAAGUACAUAAAUAUUUGUGUAACAUACAUUUGAUCAAGUAUGUUAACUUAUUUCAUAGAUGAUAACAUAAUCAACUCUUUACGAGGGUAACUCAGAUUCCAUGGUAUUCUGUGGACACAUUUUCUUUCCACAAGUUCAUUUUCCUCUCUUAGUUGAGUGUAAUUGAGAGAUCUUUGGUUUCCAAGCUAAAAUACUGUUAAAUAAAGGUUUAUUUGUCCAUUUGAUGUCAGAAGCCAAACAAUAAAGUUCAAAUUUAUGUCUA